UGUUUCCACUUUCCAGAAAAAACUGUAAUAAGUAUGGGGUAUGGAUUCUUUGGUACAUUUUAAACUUAGAACUGAAAGUUAGGACAGUUUUCAUGCCGACCAUUCCUUUUGCAUAACAAUUUUGUUUAGUACUUUAGCCUAAUUGGUUGAUGGUUGGAAACUUGGAGUAGUUAUUUAAGCAUUACAAUUUUGUGAUUUGAAAGUCUUACUUUGCUGCAAAAAUGAGUUUCACCAGUGAUGAAGUAAAUUUUCUUGUUUAUCGUUAUCUCCAAGAAUCGGGCUUUGUUCAUGCAGCUUACACCUUUGGCUUGGAGUCGCACAUAUCACAGUCCAACAUCAACGGAGCUUUGGUGCCUCCAGCUGCACUUGUUAAUAUCAUCCAGAAGGGCCUGCUUUACACAGAAGUGGAGAUCAGUGUUGGUGAAGAUGGAACAGAAAGAAGCAUUGAAAGUUUGUCUCUCAUUGAUGCUGUCAUGCCAAAUGUUAUAAGCAACCAACAACAGCAGCAGCAAGAUCAACAACAAAAUUCCAACAAUAAUAACAGCAAUCAGCAGCACCAACAUCAGAGACCUGUGGUGAAAACUGAAAUUCAGACAGCAAAUGGUGAUGAUGUAUCAGGCAGUGGCAGUUCUGGUGGCACAGGCAAUACCACCGGUGGCGGCGUUGGGUGCGUGGCAGGCAGUGGCAGCGGUGGAUCAGGUGGCAGUGGCGUUGAAAGCAUGGAUGUGGAUAGCAGCGUCGAGAUUCCAGUCACAAAAGCCACUAUUUUACGCGGCCAUGAAAGUGAAGUUUUUAUCUGCGCCUGGAACCCCACAACUGAUCUUCUUGCUUCGGGAUCUGGCGACAGCACAGCCCGCAUUUGGAACUUGAGUGCAUCAGACCUGCCGUCUCCAUCAGAUGUUGGCAACAGCUCCUUGCCUGGAGAAAAAUUCAUUUGUAUGUUCAGAAUGUUGAGGAAAAGGUUAUUUUGCGAUGGAACCUUGCUGGCCACCGGCUCAUAUGACGGAUAUGCUCGCAUCUGGACCAACAACGGACGUCAGGCGUCGACACUUGGGCAGCACAAGGGCCCCAUAUUUGCCCUCAAGUGGAACAAGAAGGGCAACUAUAUCCUCUCAGCUGGUGUUGAUAAGACGACCAUCAUUUGGGAUGCGUCUUCAGGCCAUUCCCGUCAGCAGUUCGCAUUCCACACGGCGCCCGCACUGGACGUGGACUGGCAGACCAACACGUCCUUUGCCUCCUGCUCCACUGAUCAGUGCAUCCAUGUGUGCAGCCUCGGCCAGGAGAAGCCCAUCAAGUCCUUCAAGGGCCACAGCAAUGAAGUGAACGCUAUCAAAUGGGACCCGCAAGGCAACCUGCUGGCGUCUUGCUCUGACGACAUGACGCUCAAGAUCUGGUCGAUGCGUCAAGACACUUGCGUCCACGACCUGCAGGCGCACAACAAGGAAAUCUACACAAUCAAGUGGUCACCCACGGGCCCCGGCACCAACAACCCCAACAUGAACCUCAUCCUUGCGAGCGCAUCAUUUGACUCGACGGUGCGUCUGUGGGACGUCGAGAAGGGCGCUUGUAUCCACACCCUGACGAAGCACUCAGAGCCCGUGUACAGCGUGGCGUUCUCCCCGGAUGGCAAAUUUCUGGCGUCAGGGAGCUUUGAUAAAUGCGUGCACAUCUGGUCUACUCAGAGUGGGCAACUGGUGCACAGCUACAAAGGCACUGGUGGUAUUUUUGAGGUUUGUUGGAACUCCCGAGGAGACAAAGUGGGCGCGUCUGCCAGUGAUGGUUCCGUUUUCGUUCUGGACCUCAGAAAAUAGAGCAGAUGGGCACGCACAGCUAAACCUCCAUGCUAUCAACAAAAGUAUAAAGACUCCAUAACUUUUCCUCGUCGUUUGUGUCUGACAAAGCGUCUCCGGUUAACAUCCGGACAAUUUUGGCUUCACUUUACGUGGCGGUUAUUUGAACGACUUCUCAGAUAUCAAUGCCGUUCAUAUGUUCGAUUUAAAUUAUCUGCCACGCCUAUCAGAUAUCAAUGUCGUUUAUAUGCUAUGCUCACCGUUAAUUGAUCUACCAAAUAUUAAUCUGAUAUUUGAAUAUUAAUCGGCACCACUCACUUUCAAAGUAUGAAUUAAUUAUAAACCCCCAUGAGUUAGCGAAACAAAUACACAUGCAGGAUUCCAUAUGUAAUUUGCAAUGUAAAUCGCAUCAUCUACUGUACGCAGACAGGGGCAGAUUUGAUGAGGAUUUCCAAUUUGCCGUCACAUUCUCGUUCUUGUGUGCAACAUUUGAUUGGGGAGUUGGGCUUGACUCAUCAUCAUAUUUGUUUCUAAGUGAUGGACUGUACAAAUUCGAACUGAUGUAUUAGGAAUAAAAGGUGAUGGACUGUACAAAUUCGAUGCGAUCUGUACGGAUUCGAUGUGACGUUCCGUACAAAUAGGCAGUAUGUACUGUUUAAAAAACUGACUACAGUGUUGGAAAUCUCAAAAGAAGUUACUGUCAGCGGGCAGGAAAGCGGUGUAAUAUUGUAAUCUUGUGCAGAUAUUGAAGCAGAUUUGUGUUUAUUUUUCUUUUUGGGUGCCUGAUUUUAGAAUUUCAUUCUAUCUCGGAUCAAAUUGAAUUUCCUCACUUCAUUUUAUUAAUGUCCCAUGUUGUGUGACCUUUAUCUUUCUUCUUGGUUCUUUACCUUGUAGUUUCUUCAACUUCCUGAUUAUUUUCACAUAGCCGUACAAUGUAUGGUACUUAUUCUAAGUUUUACUGGGCGUCUCAACGGCACAGCCAUACGCCAUUUUCUUUCUUCCAAGCAAGCUAAAAAGAAAUCGAUAUUUUUCUAAUCGAUGAAAAACGCUUUUGGUGCCGUACCAUCACUGCUCUCUGGGGUGGAGACUAAACUUAUCAUUUCUGAAAAAUCCGUUCAAAAUGUCUGAAAAUUUUACUGUAUGACAUUGUACGACUUCCAUACGUGUGAUUUCAAGAUAUCGACUUACUUGUUUUUAAACGAAUCUUUCAGUGUUUAGCUAUCUAAAGUGCCUAUAUCCCUAAAUAAUUAACCGAUAUCAACAUUUUUGAAAAGACUUGUUCAGAAAUUGAUGUUGGAGCAAAUUGCUUGUGUUCCGGUCCAGGAUACGAUUGCACGAAAUAUUUUAUUAGCAAAUUUUGAAGCUUGACUUGACUGAAAUUUCUGACUUAGAUCAGUAGCUCAGCUGUGUACAUAUUCUGAUGUGAAUUCUACGCUUGUAUGGUGAUUGAAAUUGUCGGCCAUCGCUAAAUUAUAUUUCAAGUCCAAGCUUCUUCUCUCGUUUUUAAACAAUUUUUAUUCUGGCUGUCAUUUUUCAUGUAUGGUUAGGAUUCGUUUGUAAGUAAUGUUCGUCUUAUUCGCCAGUAAGCUGUUAAAGAUCUUUAUUGACUAGUUCUGUUCUAUAUCAGUUGUACUAUAUUGUACAACCAUAUUUAUCAGCGCCUCCUACGUUUGGCCGCCCAUCUAAAAUUUUGCUCGUUUUGAAUUAACUGCUCGGCUGAUGGCAUUAUCUAUUAUUUCAUCUCCAUAUUAUCCUUAUCAAUAUUCUUUGAUAUUUUUUAGUGCAACAUUCACUACGAUCUAGGAGAAUGAAUUAUAUUUUAAGCUAAGAUUGUGCUAACUACUUCGCAGUCCAGCUGCUAAGUUUAAAUAUCUGCCCUUAAAUAUACACUAUGUUAUCUUGGCUGCUUACCUUUCAUUUGUUAGUGUCUUGUUACUGCAUGAAUUUGGUUGUCGUCGUGUCUCCUACAGGUGCGAACUAUCAGUAGGAAGAACCGGCAUCACGUUCCUACUUCAAAAGAGUAACGUUUAAAUUCGCCCGAAUUGUCAUAUGAAGUCAUCUUGACUACGUUCAUAGUAGACUUGAAAAUUUAAAAACUGGCAGGCUCCGGUUACUUCGAAUCCUGCUCAGGUGUUUCCAAUAGAGGUGAAAUUUUAUUUUUGGAUUCUAAAUUUACAUAUAAUUUUUCAUUCAUUAGGUCCUAUGAAGUUGCCCUCUGAUCCUUCUUCAGAUUUUCGAAAAUCUACGAACUAUCUAUUUUAUUUUCUUACGUAUGCGCAUGAUUAGAAGUUAUCUUAUUAGUUAAAACUGAAGAGAAUCGUAUUCUUAAGUGAUUAGUUUUAAAUAUGUUAGCAAGUAUUGAGAACGAUGGGCGUGUUACGUAGCAUUUUACCAUUCAUUACUGUAUGUACCUUGAAUUAUGUAACCACCGGCAGGCAAGUUUCGAUAUUUUUCCGAUAGGAAUCAGUUUAUUAAAUAACGUCCAAUACCGUACAAA